GUGAAUUUGCGUUUGACACCCAUGGUCUUUGUUUCUUUAAAUGCUGGCGUCGUGGAGAUAUAACGUUUUAUAAAACGUGAAAGAGAAGCAGUCAGCGUUCCUGAUUGUUGUUGUUGUUUUCUGUUCAUUGAUUCUUGAUCCUUUUAGAAUUUCAUAGAAUGUGUAGCUUGACCGACGCACAAACACACUCAACAACCUUCUCCAUGUUGUGUGUGUAGGCUGCGGGGGGGAGAGGGCCGUGCCUGCCUCAUGCGUUGGUCCUCCUCUGUGUUCUGGUCCCCACCGACCCCCAUCCUCCCAGUAUCAGUGGGAUGUCCCAGGUGUGUCUCCUCUUGGCCUUGCUCAUGCUCUGCAGCUGCACAAAGGUGUCCUCUGCUAACUCUCUGGAGCUUGUGAAGGAGCAGUGGAGCAGCUACAGGAACCAGUGCCUGGACUACCUCGACGCCACGCCCCCUGCCACAGGGCUGGUGUGUAACAGGACCUUUGAUUUGUACGCCUGCUGGCCCGAUGGACUCCCAGGAACCACCGUCAACGUCUCCUGCCCAUGGUUCCUGCCAUGGUACCGCAAAGUUCAGCAGGGUCUGGUCUACAGAGUCUGCACCGAAGACGGUAAAUGGGCCAAAAAGAACACCAGCGAAUGUGAGGACGACCCUGGUGAGCAGCAGUACGGCCGCGUCCUCAGUCAGCUGCGGAUCAUGUAUACGGUGGGCUACUCUCUCUCACUGGGAGCUCUGCUACUGGCUCUGGGAAUCCUCAUCACCUUCAGGAAACUCCACUGCAUGAGGAACAACAUCCACAUGAACCUGUUUGCCUCCUUCAUCCUGAGAGCUGUGUCCAUCCUGGUUAAAGACGCCCUGCUGACCCUCACUCUGGAUCCCAGGAGCAGCAGUGACGCCCAGACACAAGCCUGGGUCAGCAUACCGGCUGUGACGUGGUGUCGCGGUGCCAUGGUGAUGAUGCAGUACAGCGUAAUGGCCAACAACUAUUGGCUGCUGGUGGAAGGCAUCUACCUGCACAGCCUCCUGGUCAUCACCGUGUUCAGCGAGAAGAAGUACUUCUACAUUUACCUCGCCAUUGGCUGGGGUGCACCGCUCAUAUUCGUGUCACCAUGGAUCACAGUGAAAUAUCUGUAUGAGAACGAAGAGUGCUGGGAGAGGAACAUCAACAUGGGAUACUGGUGGAUCAUCCGUUCUCCUAUACUGUUUGCUUAUCUGAUCAACUUCUUCAUUUUCAUCCGAAUUAUCAAAAUCCUGAUGUCUAAACUUAGAGCUCACCAGAUGAGAUACACUGAUUAUAAGUUCAGACUAGCAAAGUCCACUCUGACUCUCAUCCCCCUGCUUGGGAUUCACGCCAUCCUCUUCACCUUCGUCAUCGAUGAGUCCGUCCCUAAAGGCUCCAUGUUGCGCCUCAUUCGCCUCUUCUGCGAUCUGCUGUUCAACUCCUUCCAGGGCCUGCUGGUUGCCAUCUUGUACUGCUUCGUCAAUAAAGAGGUGCAGUCUGAGAUGCUGAAAAAGUGGAAGCGGUGGAAACUGGGUAAGGACAUCGACGAGGAGUACCGCCACACCCACAGCCACACGCCGCACGUCAAGAGCGGCAGCAUCGCCACCGCAAAUCUGCCCGAUCUGCACUACAACAACGGCAGCGAGCCCAGCGGUGACUCGCCUCGCCUCAGCAAAGCUGACGGGGGCCCGUCCUGCUCCGCCGCACCCGAGGAGAACCGUCGGCUAGUCGUCUCCUACAGCAACGGGACGGGAAAAAGCAAACCCGCCAAGAGCAAACACACCCUGCAGUUCUCUUUCCAGGCACACCGAGGCACCGCCAGCACCACGACAGAGCAUGUGUGCCUGGAAGAGAGGGUGCAGUACCGAUCAUAUCCUCUGGAAGGAGAGGAAACUAAUGUGUGACGACAACAUUCCCUCGUUGAGAAAGCUCUGAUUGUGCUUAUCGUUGCUUCAGAUCAGUGUUUAUCAAGCACCAACAAGACAGCCUGAGUGGGAAGAGAAUGAGGAAGUGGCUUACAUGGAUAACGAUGUUCGCUGCUGUCCAACAUCGCAGGAAAGGCUGUUUAUCCUGCAGAGGCGCAAUCUAAUAUUUACUGGUUUUGGGAAAUUGAGGAACAAAAACUUGCUGACUUCAGGCGUCAGGAAUGAUAAAAUAAACUGAAAUGACACUCUAGUGGUGUUUAAUGUGUGUGUGCAUCACAUCUUUCCAUCCGUCCGGCUGUUUGUGUGACAGUUUGCAGCUGUGGACACUUCUUUGUGGUACACAAGAACGUCUCUGUGUCAAAAUAAGUUUUGUAUUUUCAUUUAUGGUUUCAUGAAACUGAAUGUGGACUGCAGCACGUAUGACUCUUGAUGUCUUUUUCACGGGGGUCAGCAGAAACAGAAUAACUGAGCGAUUCGCUGGAGACCACAGAAUCUUGACGGAGUUUUCCACUGCAGGAACUAGAGGCAGGAGAGAUCGGCCCCUUUUAGUUCCUGUUGCAGUGUAGGAUCCUAAAGCUUCGACUGCCGUGUCAACUUAAAGUGUGCAAAAACGACAACAAGUAGAAGUUACUAGAUGCAACUGCAAUUCUGUGAGCAUCUACAAAAUGCAGCAGCGGAGGUUUGUUAUGUUGGUCGAUAUGGUAAAGUUGUUAAUGCCGAUCUUUGAGAGGUGAAGAAUGCGACUCGAUGAGGACACAGAAAAGGCAAAAAAGGGGCACUUGUUGAGUUUAACCAAUCAGUGUGGGAAUCUGCAUAGCCAUUUCUGAGAGUGGCUCAGGAGUACUUUCGAUGGACUGCAUUCCAGUUACAUACUUUGUCUUUUUACUUUGAGUACAUACUACAGCUGUCCUUAUAGCGUACGUGCUGUUUCAUGCAGUGUACGUUGAGUUAAAUUACUGCUUAAUCAUAGUAUCGUGCUUCUAACUGUAACCAUUGCAGUCUUGUGCAAAAUGAGCCGCCAUCUGUCUCUGCGCUCAUGGAGACUUAUACUAUUGUUAUGAUUGUUUAUACUUGCGUGAAAGUCGAUGGCAUAUGUGAUAUAAUUACGCAGAGGUUUGUGGGUCAGAAUGGACAGACAAGCAUAAUGGCUUGCAUACUGCAAACUCCAGUCAGGCGUACAGGACAUCCUAGCUCACUAUGUUUGACACUGGGAUGUACUAGAGCAGCGGUCUUCAACCUUUUUUGAAGCACGGACCAGUUUUAAGCAAUUUUCUACGGACCGGUUAUGACAAAAAAAUAUCGGUUUAACUAUCAAGAAGUGUCAUAAACAAAUACCAUUACUUUUUAACAAUAAUACAAAUAAGCCAAUGAAACAUUUUUAUUCUUUCUGUGCGGCCCAGUACCAAAUGACUCACGGCCCAGCACCGGUCUGCGGCCCGGUGGUUGGGGACCGCUUGUACUAGAGCUUUGGCAGUAUGGAUAGGUGGGCACUUUUUCUCUCCCCCCAAAAAACGCCACUUGUACAUGAGUGGUCCUUGGGUUGGGAACAUGCAUGAAGGUUCAAGCCGCCCUAAAACCACCCGCAAGUUCCUGCAGUGGAAAACAGCCUAAUGUCUGCCUCAGUGGGGCAGCCUCAAGGACGACGGAUGCUGUCAUUUUCAGAAAGACUGCGCUAUAAUGUUUAAAUUAUUCUGGUUUUAUAUAACCAAAGCCAAACAAGAAGAUAAUAAUAUAUCACAGGUUUUAUAUCAGUUAGGUGAAGCAUGAUUUUUUUAUUUGCCUUUCCUUUCUUUCUUUUUUUUAUAUCGACAUCAUCCUUCUGCAAUUUUUAGGCACAUUUUCUGACUGAAUGUACAAUGGAAAAUUAUGGGUGAAAAUAUUUAAGUGUAUAUAUGUAAUUAGAAAUACAUACUAUAUCCAUAGCACCUGGAUUUAUCCAAGACUUAAUUUAAGUUCUUGAUUUGCCUUCAUGACUCAGAGUGAAGAUCAAUACAUAACACAGUGGCAGUUAAUUGGAUGAAAAGCAGUUUGAUUUUUAGUGUUUAACUUGAGUGAAAGUUGCUCCAGAUCUCUGUCAUCGCACUGUUGUAGUUAUUGUUCAUGUAGUUGCACAUUUUUUCAGUCACACAGUAUUCAGAAAGAAGAUUUAUGCACCGAAUAUACAGCAUGCACAGAUGAGAAAAGUGGUUUGAUUAACAGGAUGUGUGACUAAUACUUUGUGUUGGGCAGUACACCACAUUAACAACGGAGAAACGACUUGUUUAAUUUUUUAUUUUUUUUUUUCAGAUUUUAUGAUGCAAAGUAUAUGUUGAUGUGCGGACCCCUGUUGUGCUUUAGGAAAGAAGAAAUAAACCGGAGCCAGCAACAAUAUUCACAAAGACACCCGUAACGGACUUUUUUGAUCACGGAUUGAGAAGGCUUAGUGUAUCUGAAGUGUGCGAGAGUGCAUUGUAAAUAGUGAUAAAAGAGAAUAUUAUAAAGACAAAGACAGGUGGGUGAAGGGGCAUAUUGUUCUGUGUUUUUGCUUUCAGUGCAGGCGGUGAAAAAUGAGAAUAUGACUAAUUAUUUUGAGAAACGACUUCUGUUUCACGAAACAUGAUUGUAAUGAUUCGAUCCUGUCUUUCUACUGAGAACGUUGCAGCUGUCAGACGGAGCCUCAAGCAAACAAUGUCAUUGAGAGAAAGCAAAAUGUUUUGUAUAAAAGCCAAAUUACUAUAGCUCAUGUGUCUCUGUGGAUCCAAUUAAAAUGAAUUCUUUCAAGCAAA